AUGACGGUGAAGAUGCCAAGGUCUCGUGUUCAAAUUAAAACGCUCCCCGUUUACCGUGAGAGUGAGGAGGUUGAUGGCACGCACCUGUACGGAAAAUAUAAAGGUGUACUUCUGGUAGCUGUUGCACAAGAUGGGAAUCAAAACAUUGUGCCUAUUGCAUUUGCGAUAGUCGAGGGCGAGAUGGCAGACGCAUGGGAGUUUUUCCUAACCAAUUUGCAGAGAUAUGUUGUUACCAUUGAUGCUGUGGGCAUUAUUUCUGACCGCUAUACCUCUAUCGACGCUGCAAUAGCUCGCAGUAAUGGUAAAUGGUCACCACCAAGGGCGUGGCACAUGUACUGCAUCAGGCACAUCGGGUCCAACUUCUUGAGGAGGUUCAAGUCUCCAUAUUUGCAUAAACUCAUGGUGAACACAGGCUAUUCUAGGAUGGAGCAAGAGUACAACAAGAACUACCAAAGGCUUAAAGAGCGGGGUGAGGCAUAUACUCAAUGGUGCGAUGAGAUCGGUGUUGAGAGAUGGGUGUUGGCAUUCGAUGGUGGUCAUCAUUGGGGACAUAUGACGACAAACUUGAGUACCGAGGCUCAUGAGCGUCUCCGCAACGGAUUUACGUAUUCAAAAUUUGCAACGAAGAGAGUGGAAGAAAGCUUUCGACGUGCAGGAAACAUUGUGGUCAACCGGUUCGACAGGCGCAACGAGAUGUUUGAGGUCGAGCGACUUCCAUGUCGCCACGUGCUUGCAUGUUGUGCUAACCAGCGUCUUGAUUGGCAAGUGUACGUGCAUGAUGCAUACAAGAUGUCUGAAAUUUGCAAGGUGUACAGAGGCGAAUUUGUUCCGAUGGGUGACCCAUCUACGUGGGAUAGAUACGAAGGAGCGAAGGUGAUCGCCAACUGGACAUUGAGGGGCACGACAAAAGAAAGACCGAAAUCAACCCGCUACUUGAAUGAGAUGGAUUCGCGGGAUAUGCGUGGUCCUCGCCGGUGUACUAUAUGUGGACGCGAGGGACAUAGCCGCAGCAGAUGUCCUCAGCGCGCAGGUCCAAGCUCCAUUGGAGGUCAUUAG